AAUAAAUGAAAGAUAAUCCAAAAUGGCUUCCUUUCCACCGAUCCCGCAGAUUGUGGGCAAACAUGGACCUGUCUAUGAAGCGUACUACAAACAGGCUGAUCCAAACAAUACUGGCAGUCUUGGUGCCCUCGAUGCUGCAAAUUUUAUGAAGAAAUCUGGACUGAAAGACAAUGUUUUGUCACAGAUCUGGGACAUGUCUGACCCGCAUGGUAAAGGGUACUUGGAGAAGAAUGGAUUCUUUGUGGCUCUUAAGCUCAUAGCUCUAGCACAGAGUGGCCAGGACCCUAGUCCAGCCAAACUGACAGUAGAUGCCCCACAACCAAACCUUGGUCCUUAUCAGCUAGCACCAGAAGGAGAAGCAGCAGGGGCAGCUGGAGUACCGUGGGCUUUGUCUGCAAAUGAAAAAGUCAAGUAUGAUCAAGUGUUUGACAGCCUGCACCCAGUCAAUAACCUCCUUGCUGGAGACAAAGUUAAACCUGUAUUGCUGAAUUCCAAGCUGCCAAUGGAUAUUUUGGGACGUAUCUGGGAACUUAGUGACAUUGACAAAGAUGGUUAUUUAGACCGGGAUGAAUUUGCUUUGGCAAUGCAUUUAGUGCAUAAAGGAAUGGCAAAAGAACCAUUACCCCCGACCCUACCUCUUAACUUAGUUCCACCAUCGAAGCGGAAGGCAGCACCAGGAGGGGCGAUGCCUUCGUUACCAGGAGCUGUCCCCGUACUUGCUGGAUUGGGAGGGCCUGGCAGUGGUCGGAAUACACCCACUGGAAGGUCUGACUCCCCGUCACUCAGGAGUAAAGACGUAUGGGUGGUGACUCCAGCAGAGAAAAGCAAUUAUGAUAUAAUGUUCCGCAAGGCCGACCUUGACAUGGAUGGAUUUGUGUCCGGACAAGAGAUCAGGGAUAUAUUUCUACAGAGUGGGUUACAGAAUAAUGUGCUGGCGCAUAUCUGGAACCUGUGUGACAUGAAAGGUAUUGGGAAGUUGAACUCUGAUCAGUUUGCCUUAGCGAUGCAUCUGAUGCAGCAGAAGUUGAAGGGGAUAGACCCUCCACCCCAGCUGACCACUGAACUCAUCCCACCCAGCAUGAGGAUGGGUGGGGCGGCAGAUACGGCUGCCUUUGGUGUUGCUGAUGGUGUAACCAGUGCAGGACCAUAUGGACAUGUUGCAGAUUUCUCUGCCAUCAAAGAACUGGACAUGAUACAGAAAGAAAUAGAUGACAUUAAAAAGGAGAAAUUGAAGCUAGAGGCUGACCAGCAACAGCAGACGGCAGAUAUUCGGAUAUGUCAGGGAGAGGUGCAGAUGUUAGAGAAGGAACUGAACAGUAUAACAAGUACAUUACAUCAGCUGGAGAGUCAGAAAAUAGAGGCACAAAAAGUUCUUGAUGAAUUAGAUGAAAAGAAAUUGACUGAUUCAUGCGGCCUCCAGAAAAAAGAUAUGAAAUCUGACCUUGAGACGAGUGUGAGAGAAAUCAAACAGAAAUGUGAUGAAGAACAAAAACAGAUUGAUGCCUUGAAUAGCCAAAUUCAAAAUCAACAGAAGUCGGCAUUGGAGUAUGAUGAAGACUUAAACAAGCUACGUAUAGAGCUUGGAAAUCUCAGAGAGGAGGAGAACAAACUCGAGCAGAAAGUCGAGACUGGCAAAACACAGCUAGAACAACUGGCAAAAUCACAUAAAGAUGUUACUUUACAAGUUAACCAGACAAAAACACGAGUACAACAUUUACAAGACCAAUAUAGAGCUGUACAACAGGGGAUAACAGAAUUUUCAGUCCCUCCUGAUCCAGGGACAUUUAUGUCUACUCCUAACAGUACAGAUGACCAGACCAGUACAAGGGCUACGAUGGGCAGCCCUGUAAGCACUAUAAGUGAUUUCAGUAUGGGUUCUGCAUUUGAUGAGGAUCCAUUUAAAAAUAAAGACCCAUUUGGGGGUGGAGGUGGUCAAGCAGAUCCAUUUGCUUCUGAUGAUCCAUUUAAAAGUAGUGAUCCAUUUAAAUCAGAAGGUUUUACUUCAGAUCCUUUUGCUUCUGAUGAUCCAUUUAAAGAUGCUUUUCCUACAAGUAAUACAACUGUUACUUCUAAAGAUGAUCCAUUUUCUAGUUCUGAUCCAUUUGGUAGUUCAUUUGGAUCUUCCAUUGCCACCAGUAAACAGUUGGACGCCUUUGAUCCUUUUGGUACCUCAUCUAAUAAACCACAAAAAUCUAGUGGAGAUUUAUUUGGUAGUGAUCCUUUUGCUCCCUCCCCGCCUGCCAAAACACGCUCUGAAUCCCCAAGACCAGCUUUACCCCCAAAACAAAAGAAAGCUCCCCCACCUCGGCCUGCCCCACCUAAAGGAAAGUCACCGGCAUCAAGUCCAUCUAAACCAAAGAAACCGGAUCCGUUUGGAGCGGGAGCAUUUCCAAAUGAUCCAUUCGGAAGCUCGGACCCGUUCUCGGGAUCGUCGACAGGGGUGAGUGGUCACGGUGGCGGAGACGCUUUCUCUUCUAACUUUGCUGAUUUUAGCCCUAGCAAGACAUCAAGCGCUUUCAGUGACGACGAAUUAGCAUGGGCAUUUACAUCAUCGACAACACCAUCAUCAGCUCCUAGUAAAAAGUCAAGCAGUAAAUCACCAAAGGCGAAGUCAAGAUCCAGCAGUAAAUCUAAAAAAAUGACUCGUGAAGAGCAGGAAGAGGCUGACUAUCAGUAUGCGUUAAAAUUGAGUCGCGGAGAAAUUUGACGACAGUGUAGCUUGAUUGCUGAAAUAAUUAUCGUUGUUUUUUUAUGACACAAGAAAAUCUGUGUUAGUGAUGCCAUAAACAAAUUACUCUGUUUUUGCCUUGUUCUCUGAUUAAAGCUGCUCCAUUAUGUUUAUGAAUAAAACGCUCAAUCCCUGGAAUUUGAAAUACAGAGUUUCAGCUGUAACUAAUGAAUCUGAAAUUUGAAGUGGUUAGGAAACUUCAAAUUGCCAAAACAUAAGUUUUUGUGUAACCUUGAAAAUUGUUACCUAAUCUAGAAAUUGCAGAAUCGUAACCAAUUACUGCAUCUGAAGUUUGAAGUGGUUAAGAAAUCUCAAAUCUGAAAAACUGUAACCAAAUCUGAUAUUUGCAAAACCAGAGUAAAUAAUUACAAACAUGACUGUUACAGAAUCCCAUAAGUAAAAUAUUACAUAAUCCCAUGAUUUGAACUGUUUGUUAAAUACAACGUGUCACAGAAUUAAGUAUAGGUUAAUAAAUGGGAGAGCGGUGCCUUUGAGUGAUAAUGGCCCUGGCAAGGUAA